CUCCAUUCCUUGCUCUAGUGUCUCUCCACUUCUCAUCCCUGUGCUCUCCAGAGAGAUGGGGGCAGGUGACUCACCAUGACAAUGACCAUCUCAGGCUACAAAGCUCAGAUCCAGGUUUCCUGGAGUUUGGGGGUUGCUGGCCUCACAAAUUGGGGAUCAGGCCUAUUUCUCACCCCUCUUUUCCCCAUCAGGGAAGACGGGAUGUUUCAGAAGCCGGAGCCGGGGUUUGUUAAGCUGGAGAAGAGACUCAGGGAUUUCUCUUUGAAAAGUGCCAUGCUGCAGGAGGUGCUGCUGGGAUUCAAAGUGAUGCUGCGACUGGAGCUGGGGAGUGACAAAGCAAAGCUAGAAUUUUUGAAAGGCGUUGCACCGGAGAGUAAAGGCACAAAGGCAGUGACUUGUGGGAAACAGGGUGGCAGAGUAACACCCACCUUUGGCUCCAGAUUGUCCCAGCCUCCAACGGGACAGGGAAGGGAAAUGGCUGUAGUGGAGCCAGUCCAGCUCUUGCUCUUUCAGGGGCUGGUGACUUUUGAGGAGGUGGCUGUGUACUUCACCAAGGAAGAGUGGGCUCUGCUGGACCCCCGUCAAAGAGCCCUCUGCAGAGACAUCAUGCAGGAGAACGAUGAGAAUGUGGGUCAGGAUUCCUGUCCCCUCCAUUCUAAGAAGGGGAAAUGAAGAGAGAAGGUUCAUGCCACUCCCACAAUGCCACCUCUAAUCUGCCCUGUCUCAGCAACAGCCCAUUGAGUGCAUUGAAAUGGGGAAGACUCGGUCCCUCAGGGUUCACAUGCACCUCUCUGCAUACCACAGUAACAGCUCUGCCAAGCUGCUCCAACUACUCCCUCCACCAUCCAGUUACAGCUGACCCAGUGCACAGAGCUGGAGGGCAUGUCGAUAAAUGCUGGUAUUCCCAUCUCCAGAGGUGUAAGUAAGCCGGUACGGGCCGGUACGGAGGACCGGUAAGAAAA